CACCUUUAUUUAAAAGAGUAACAGGAAUACAACGAGUUUUUGACAUUAGGGAUGGAUUUAAUAUUGGACAAAAACAUGAUCUACCCAAUGUCGAAUUUUAUGGUUAUGGUGGUGUAUCAACCAUUACUGAUAUACAAAUCUAUAAUAAUUUUCCCUAUAAUGAAAUUUGCUGA